AUGGUGAACACUCGUAAGGGAACUUAUGCUGGCAAGUCCUCUGAAGAAGUUCAUGAAGUUUCAAGCCCAAAAGGAGCCAUGCAUGGUGUAAGAAUGUGUAGCCGUCGGUUCAAAAGUACUCCCCCACGAAGGCCCUAUCGUCUUCCUUCAGAAAAAUCACAGGAUGAUACUUCCAAAAGUUCUCAUAAGCUAGUGCAAGAAGAAGUUGGCUCUGAUGUGUUGCUACAGCUAGGCCAAGCGCCUUCUAAAGUUCAACCUGGGCCAUUUGUGCGUUUCCUCCCUUCUCCGUCACUUCCCGUUGCAUCUGAUGAUGUCCAUGCAUCUAUUCCUAAUGAUGUUCCUGGUGAUGUUUCUGUUGCACGUGAAGAGCAACCCGAUGCUCUAAGUGAUGAGAACGAGGUAGAUCCUUCAAACCCUGAAGUGUGCACUGAUAAAGUUCCCACAAAUGCUGAUGAUACUCCUACUAUUCCACCUUGUUCUUUUAAGGAGGAGAAUGUUCAGCGUUGGAAAUUUGUGGUUCAGCGACGAUUGGCUAAUGAGGUAAAUGUUUCUGACAAACAUCAAUCCUACAUGAGUAUCAUAGACCUCAUUGGCAGAACAGGUUUAGCAAAAACUAUUUCGAAUGCUGGUCCAUUUUAUCCUCAUCUUAUUAGGGAGUUUAUAGUCAACUUACCUGAUGAAUUUAAUGAUCCAAGUAGCCCAGAUUAUCAUACGGUUCAUGUUAGGGGAUUCAAAUUUGUAGUUUUUCCUGUUGUGAUUAACGGGUUUCUAGGUAAUGUUGUUGAUAUUGACUAUUCUCCAUCGUCUCCUUCUAGUAAUGUUCUGGCUUCUAUUGAUAUUGCUAAUUGGUUCCCUUCCUCUCAUGCCUCCAGUGUAUCUGCAGCCCUGGCAACUUUUCUGUAUCAAAUUUGUAAUGACAAUAAAGUGGAUACAAGUGCUUUUAUAUAUAAUCAGCUGUUAAGGCAUGUUGGAUCGUUUGGGGGCAGUCAUGUGCCUGAUAUUGAUCAAGAUGUGCAUCUGUCUCGUGGGCCACGCGUCUUCGUUACAAGUGAUUGGGCUGAGUCUGCUGAAGGUUUCUUUGUUGAUGGGGAGUUGACUUCUCGUAUUGUUAAUUCACUUGCUGUUGAAUCUCAAGCCUUGUCCACUUUUAUCAAUCUAUUGUUCGGACGUCGUUUAGAGGUGGAUGCUCUCAUUUGUCAAGGCUUUUGCCCCAUCUACCAGUAG